CCGCCGCGGCUACACGAUGGAGGAGCAACAGGAGCACAACACAGGAGCGAACACACACCCGACACACUGACAACCACGAGUCUUAGGAGAGACGGACUGAGCUCAACUCGAGUCUGUCUUUCAAGCCCCUGUUUUAAUGUGUUGCAUUGUGUAUAACGGCUCGGUGGACUUGAACACAGCGACCGAUGGAUGUUCUGUGAAGCAGCAAGUGAGCACCUGUCAUCUGUUGAACUUGGGCCUUAAGUCAAGUCAAGAUGAAUGCUCUGGUGGCUCUCUGUCACUUUUGUGAACUCCAUGGCCCUCGGACGCUGUUCUGCACCGAGGCACUCCACCCUCCGUCCCCUUCAUCCCAGACGGGGGUACCGGCCCCCGGGGACAGGGACCGAGACGGUGACCGGGAAGGGGAAGGGCUGACCAUGAGGGCCAACAGCUCGGCCACACAGAGAGGAGAAAUGUGUGAGGGAUGCCGAUCUCUGCCUGCGUCUCACCCAGGCUUUGUGAGCAUCGACGACGAAACAGGCAUUCGCUUCCUGAGCCACCAGCAUCCCAGACAGCCGCAGCUCUUCAGCGUUGUACGCCAGGCUUGUGUACGCAGCCUCAGCUGUGAGGUAAACAGUGACGUGUGUCCCGGCCGUGAAGGGCCAAUUUUCUUUGGGGAUGAGCAACACGGUUUUGUUUUCUCGCACACCUUCUUUAUCAAAGACAGCCUGGCCAGGGGCUUUCAGAGGUGGUACAGUAUUGUCAUGGUAGCCAUGGAUAGGAUAUAUCUCAUCAACUCCUGGCCUUUUCUCUUACGCCACCUUAGACUCACGAUACAGAGCCUGCAAAGCACAGCCCUCAAGGUGUUUGACAGUGAACAAGGAGUUUGCCCCCAGCGAGCUGUGAGGAUGAACAGUGUGUUUUCACCUGCUGUUUUCCCACACCAAAGGAGCGGCAACGCAGCCCGAUCGCUAACUUCUCUCACCCAGCACCCCAACCUCUGGGCCAGCCUGCACUCCUCAUUUAGCUGGCUGCUGAAGGCCUGUGGAAGUCGUCUGACGGAGAAGCUGCUCGAAGGGGCCCCCACCGAGGACACACUGGUGCUCAUAGAGAGACAGACAGAACAAGAGGAGGAAAUGAGCUGCUGGGAGGGAGCGGAGGGAGGAUCUUCAAAGUCUCAGCGGCACCAGUCAGUGAGUGAGCUGGGCCACGACUUCCUGUGUGAUGAUGCAAAAUUAGAUGAAUUACCUGGUCCAAAAUUCAGAUCACUGCGACACUUGAGACAGGUCCUGGGGGUUACUGAGUUUCGGCAGCUAGCAUGGCACGUGCUCAUGGGAAAUCAGGUCAUAUGGAGAGGCGCACAGCCCGGACUCAUCAAGUCGGCGUUUAUAGUCCUCAAGUCUUUGCUCCCAGUAGGUUGUGUGCGAUCAGUGCCGUACAGUGCUCAGUAUGAGGAGGCCUACAAGUGCAACUUCUUGGGUCUUGGCCCACAUGUGCCCAUUCCAGCCCACGUCAGCUCCUCAGAGUUUUCAGUGCUGGUGGACGUCGGCACAGAGAGAAGUAUUCAGGUCUCAGCUGUAGGAGACGACGAUAUCUGCUCACUUUAUCAGAUCAGCAUCAGCAGUGCCAACUCACAGCCCACAGACAGGGGUCCGACGUUACUGAACAAGCUUGAGGUGGCUCUGUCCAACGAGAACUUGUCUGUGGAUGUCGUAUCGCACUGCCUGCUGUGUCUGAAGGAAGAGUGGAUGAAUAAAGUCAAAGUGCUGUUCAAGUUCUCCAAAGUGGACGGGCGAGGGAGGGAGGACACCCAGAAGGUUCUGGCCCUCCUUGGGGCCACAGGGACAGGCGAGGACGACAAUGUGAGGCUCCUCAAGUUCUGGAUGACUGGACUCAGCAAAACCUACAAGAGUCAUUUGAUGUCAGCUGUCCGAGGAGGGGAGAGGAGCCCCAGCCAGUGACAAAGGGGAGAAAGAAGGGGCAAGCGAGGGGGUUAGCAGGGGGGGAGAAAAGGGAGAUGAAAAGAGGGGGAAAUACUGAAGAAAGGAAAGCGAAAGCUAGAUUCAGUUUUGUAAACUGUUUGGGACUUUUUGUCAAACGUAAGAGGCCUGUGUUUGGUGACUGCGAUGCUUUGGCUCAUCCAUUAUUGUCUUUUAAGUAAUGAGAAAUGUAUUAUGUAACUAACCGUGAUUAUUAUCAUGCACAGAUUAACAGUCAAUUGGGAUUAUGUAUGAGGGCUCUUGUUUUUAUCAAAGGGAAUAAUUGUAGUAAAAACACUUUGUACUUUGUAAGUUUAACUUAUUACCAAAAGGCUUGCACUUUGUUUACUCUGUCGCUGAGGUUUUAAAAUGAAAUAAAUUCGUGUGAAUGGUCA